AUGGCUGCCGUGACCAGCACCGCCUCCCUCUGCCCGGCCGCAGCCGGCGGCCUGUCUUCGUCGUCGUCGUCGUUCACGCACAAGCCCAGCAGCAGGCGGCUGCGGCAGGCAGCAUCAACGUCGCAGGAGGGCUUCACGACGUACAAGGAUGAGGCCAACAAGUUCAGCAUUCAAGUUCCACAAGGCUGGCUGGUCGGCGCCGGCGAGGCCAGCGGCAUCAAGUCCGUCACGGCGUUCUACCCCGAGCAGGCCGCCGCCGAUUCCAACGUCAGCGUCGCCAUCACCGGGAUCGGGCCAGACUUCACCAGCCUCAAGUCCUUCGGCGACGUCGACUCCUUCGCCGAGGGCCUGGUGAACGGCCUGGACAGGAGUUGGCAGAAGCCGCCGGGGCUCGCCGCCAAGCUCAUCGACUCCAGGGCGGCAAACGGUCUGUACUACCUGGAGUACACGCUGCAGAACCCCGGCGAGCGGCGGCGGCACAUCGUCUCGGCCAUCGGGAUGGCGUUCAACGGCUGGUACAACCGCCUCUACACGGUGACAGGCCAGUACAUAGACGACGACGAUUCGGAGAAGUACAGGCCUCAGAUCGAGAAGGCUGUCCGAUCGUUCAGGCUCACAUGA